AUGGGCCCUAAGGAGUCUUCGUCUGCGGCGAUGAGUGAAGUCGGCGAGACCGAGGACCCUUUCCAAGCGCCUCGGUCGUCGUUCUGGGCCAAGUUGUCUAACCACGGUGUCGAAAUGCGCGGCGCCGAACCUGUGCCAGUUGAGAAGCGAACUGACACCCGCUAUGUGAACGUAUUGACCAUCUUCGCUACGUCGACGACAAGCUUGUUACCGAUCGGUAUUGGCUCGGCGACAACACUCGGGUUCGGGCUGUCGUUGCGCGACGCGGCGUUAAUGAUCGUGUUCCUCCAAAUUCUAUUUGCCCUCCCAGCCGCAUACAUCAUCACCAUUGCACCGCGUACCGGGAUGCGACAGAUGAUCCAAUCGCGGUAUUGUUUUGGAAAAUACUGCAACAUUCUAACUUCCAUUGUCACGACAGUUACUGUCGGCGGCUUCGGUGUGACCGGUAGCAUUAAUGGUGCGCAAUGCCUCGCCGCCGUCCGGCCAGGUACAUUACCCGUCGAGGCUGCGAUCGCCAUCAUCAUGGUGAUAUCGCUGGCCAUCGGCUUUAUGGGAUAUCGCGUAAUGCAUUUCUUUACUCGAUGGGCCUGGAUCCCGACACUCGUCGCUAUCAUUAUUCUCGUCGGCGCCGCGGGUGACCAGCUUUGGCAGCAGACGCCACCACCAACGCGUACCACCGCCCAGGAGUACAUGGGCAUCGUGGCUUUUGCGGCUGGCAACAUGAUUACCUGGAGCAAUGUUGUAGGCGACUACGCAUGCUAUAUGCCACCGGCCGCACCGCGGUUCCGUCUUGCUCUAUACUGUCUAUUCGGCAUCGCAUUACCGUUCUCGCUCCUUAUGGUUUUAGGCGCGGCGAUCGGUGGCGCCGUCUUCACUAUUUCUUCUUGGGAAGCUGCGUAUAAAGCUGGUGGAAUCGGCGCCGUGAUUGGAAGCAUACUGAUUACUCGGCUCGGAGACUUUGGCCGAUUCGUCCUUGUUAUCCUCGGUCUUUCUGUCCUCGGAACUUGUGGUCGCGACGUAUAUACCGUCUCCUUCAACCUGACUGCUGUAGCGCCGAUCCUCCGUCGUGUUCCUCGUAUCGUAUUAGCUGUCGUUGCCACCGCAGUCAUCAUCGCAGUGGCGAUUCCUGCUUCGAGGUCGUUCGUUACGUCGGUGACGGCGUUCCUUAGCAUAAUCGGUUAUUACGCAGGGGCAUCAGUAACGUGCUUCUUAACCGAGUACCUAUGGUUCCGAAAGAGCGAUCCUCGUAGCUUUGACCCAAAGAUUUGGAACGACGGCCGUGCAUUGCCGUCAGGUCUAAGUGCGUUGGCAUCGGUCUUGAUCGCCUGGGCGUUCAUAAUCCCAUCUAUGCAGGCAGAUUGGUACACUGGACCUAUAGCGAAGAAGACCGGAGAUCUCGGUUUUGAAUUUGCUGUUGUAGUGGCAUUUCUAGCCUAUCUCCUCAUCAGAUCGCUAGAGAUUAAGAUCCGAGGGCGACUUUAG